AUGGCUUUUUCCGCCUGUCUGAAAUACGUAAUGGCCAGUGGCAUUCCCUCGGCCACGGAGCAUCCCACAGCUGAGCCAAAUGUAAAUCAGAGGGAUUUGGUGUUUACAUCACUGACACCUGUCCGUUUUAAGCGACAGAGCCCCCAAUUUUUUCGUUGCAAGCGCCACAGCCGUGCACAGCUGAUCCGAAAACUGAACAGGCUUGGUAAUCAACGAGGGGGAGGUUAUGGUGGUUAUAAUCGACGUUUCAUGGCACUGACCUGGAAGGAUGCUCGAAAAUUCCAAAACCUUGUCACAACUGUGAGCACUUCUCCACUUAACUUCUCUAUUAUCAACAAUCUCCCUCUUAGUGCUCCGAGUAAAGCAGGUACACUGAUGUCACGCACCGAUUGUCAUGCAACGGAGAAUGGGCUACUGCGCAUGUGCAGUGCAUGCCCUGCUGUCACUUUUUUGGGUCACGAUAGGAUACCUUCCUUCAUCAACGAGGUCAAGUGCGGACAAGGAAUGUGUUCACAUGGAGUGCUUGGCCAUUGUCAAGCAGCAGUAAUGCUCCAGCAAUUUCUAUACAAGACAGGGCGGUGUAACCCAGUCACUGGAUAUGAAGAAUUAUUGCCCUAUACCCAACCAAUACGCGUGUGUUGUGAGUGCUUGGUCUUCCCCAUUGGUUAA